ACAUUUCAUAGCAACGCAAACUCUCUACUGUAUGAGAGCAACAAACUACUAAGCCGGUGUCGGGAUUCUGAAAUCCCCUUACGUACUUUGGUAACGCCCGGUCAAUCUUUACCUUCGAAUCUCGAACUUGCAAUCUCGGUCUUCGAAUUUUCAAAUCCGACACCCGGCCAUCCAAGUUGCUGUCCCGGGCCAGGCGCAUUUAUACAUUGUAAUCAUAAUAGUAACGAUACUCAUUAUUAUUGUUGCUUCUACCACAAGUAAAUUACCUGAAGUACCAACAACAGCCGGUCACUAUAGUAACAAUCAGCAUCACAGCAAUAAUUAUAAAGCGAGAGGAGAAUUAUGGUUUGGCGCGAAGAUCAGACACAAACCUACAAGAGGCAUCCAUGGCCCUUAAAAAUCAUUGACCGAGUUUUCCUUUUGGUUUUCCUGUUUGGAGGGCUUCUGCUGACGUGGUACGAAGGUUUUCUCAUUAUGCCAACUUACUAUUCCGAAGUGUCCUUUAUCGUCGUCGUGCACAUCACUGUCUUCGUUGUCCUCAUUUCGCACAUCUAUGCAAACCUGAUUUUUCUGGUGCUGACGGACACAUCGGUGAGGUGUCGCACACACUUGCCCUUGGUCAGUCAAACCUGGAGAUUUUGCCAGGACUGCAACGCUCACGUUCCAGCUCGUUCACAUCACUGCCUCAACUGCAACGUCUGCAUCCUUCGACAUGACCACCACUGCUGGUUCGCCGGCUGCUGCAUCGGCUACCGAAACCAGCGCUAUUUCUGUGUUAUGCUGCUGUAUAUGUUCAUCAUGGCCCUUUACUGUAACCUUUUCAACUAUGAGUUUGUGUGCCGACUAAAGGGGCCUCUCGGCUUCUUCAACAUCAUUUCGUUUACGAUGCCCCAUGUUGGAUGGGUUUUGGGUUAUUAUGAUGCAUAUACGUUUUUUGUUACUACAAUGAGUGCCAUCGGAUUCCUACUUCUGCUUCUCUUCAUCUGGUCACUGAGAAACCAAGCCAGGCAGAUCCUGUACGGACAGACACAGUAUGAAUACAAAAAGAAAAUCACAUGCUUCGACAUGGGUUUCAAACACAACUGGACCAACGUUUUUGGUCCUCACUGGUUCCUGGCUUUCUUCUUUCCCUGGAUUGAAUCAAAACUUCCUGGAGAUGGUUUUGUAUUCCAAAUGAAAAACACGUAAUUUGUUAUGCUAAUUAAUUAACAUAUAUUAAUUAAAUUAGGUUAAAGUAAUUAAAUUUCUCAACUGCACACUAAUACUUGUGCCACACACACACACACAGUAUUUCUCUGUAAUGAUGAUUUUUUUUUUGUUUCACCCAUAUCUAACUAAUUUUUUAACUCAGAGACACAUCAUGGCCUUGUGGUUAGGGUGUUGGACUCAUGAUUGUAAGAUUGAGGUUUCAAUUCCUGGAUUGGCUGAUGCAUUGAGUUCUUGAGCAAAUCACUUCAUUUCACAUUAUUCCAGUCCACUCAGCUGGCAAAAAUGAGUAACCCCGCAACAGACCAGUGUUCCCUCCUGAAAAAUAUUGGGAUAAAGACUCCCUUCAGUCAUGAGUGACCAUACGAUUGCACCUAGAAAGUUCCAUUCCAAAGUAUUAGUCCAGGCAAGGUUGUUUAUGGAAGAGCAUCAGUGUCACAUGCACACCAGCCUCCCCUCUCCACACCGUUAUAUGUACAAAGAUCUAAAGGCUAAGGGCCCCUUUCAGUCAAGAAUGACCAUAGGAUUUCACCUAGUAAGUUCCCCUCUGAGGCACCAGUCUGAGCAAGGUUGACCAGCCAUUGCCCCAUACCAGCCUCCCCUCUCCACACCAUUAUAUGUACAUAGGAGGCGCAAUGGCCCAGUGGUUAGGGCAGCAGACUCGCGGUCGUAGGAUCGCGGUUUCGAUUCCCAGAUCGGGCGUUGUGAGUGUUU